AUGUUCCAUCUGUUAGUUUGUCUUUGUUUAUUCCAUAUAAUUAAUGCUACUGUUGAAACCUUACAUUUUGAAAGUGCUUGUCUUAAAGAAUCCAAUCUAGUUCAAUUACGUCUUCGUUGUUCAUUGUAUGAACAUAUUGAAAUAAUUCGUGUUAUAUAUGGUUAUUCAAAGCAACGAUCAAUAAAUCAAUGUCAAUUUAGUAUAUAUGAUUGUAUACAAGAAGGUUCAAGUCGAAAUAUUCUUUCAUGUAAUGGUAAACAAACAUGUGUUAUUAAUUUAACGAAAAAUGAAAUACUUUCAACAACAAUAACUACACAUGGUGUACCGGCUUGUUCAGAUUUUAAUUAUGUACAAGUUAAUUUUGGUUGUGUACUUGAUGCAAAAGAUAUUUGUGAUAGUUGGAAAGAUGAAGGAACAAUUAUUCAUUUAAGUCAUACACGUACUCAAGGAAAACAAUAUAAUGAAUGUCAAUGUAAAGUACGUUCAUCAUUAUCAAAUGGACAAGUUUUACUUCAUGCAAGAGAAAUAAAUCGACAAUUUGCAAGUUUAAAAGAUUUAAGAUCUCCAAAAGAUUCAAAUACUGAUUGUAGAAGUACAACUUAUCUAGAAAUUAGUACUGAUCGAUCUGAACGUAAAUGUAUGGAUAAUUUACCAUCAAAUGGUAAUGCAUUAUUCGGUUCAGGUUCACAUAAUUUUACAUUAAAUUACGUUCGAAAUGAUCCACUUUCUGAAUUAUUUUUCUAUUUGGAAUUAAAAGCAAGUCCUGUAAAAAGCGAUCAUUAUGUACAAAUUAUUUGUAAUUGGGCUAGACGUACAACAACAAUACGUACAACAUUACCAAUGACAACACGUAAACGUAAAAUAACUACAAUUAAUAUGUCAUAUGGACUAAAAUUAAGUCGUCUUGAUCUUAUUCGACAUCCAUCAAUACCAGAAAAUGAACUAAAUAAUCAUGAAAUAGAUGAUGAUAUCGAUGUUUCAUUGAUUAAUAAUAACGAUGAAACAGACACUACAAUAAUGAAUGGUGAAAAUGAAGUUGAAGAAGAUGAAGAAAAACACUUAACAACAAAUAGUAUAAUACAAUCAUUGAAAUCAAAAAUUAAAAAAAUUAAAACAUCUACAUCAAUCGUAAUUGAAUCUACAACAAUAGAUACACAUGCAAUAUCUAAUAAUAAUAAUGAUGAUGAUGAUGAAUGGUCACGUAUAAUGUCAAUGGCUGGUGUUAAUUCUUUAUCAUCAUCAUCAUCAUCAGAACAAUUUCUUUCUUUUAAUAAUGAACCAUUCAUAAAUUCAGUUCAAGCGUCAAUUUUUUCUAAUGAAGAAAAGCCUGGAUAUAAAAUAUCAAAAAAUAAAUUUCUUAUUAUGUGUCUUCUUAUAAUUUCUACUGUAAUUUUUAUUCUUUUACUUUAUUGUUUCAAAUUAAAACAAUCGGGUUUUAUUCGACGUUUAAAAGUAAAUAUCAAUAUUGCAUUAUUAUUUUGUUGUGAAGCCAGUAAAUUGUUAUUUUCAUCAUCAAACAAUACAAAGUCAAUAUCAAGUACAUCAACAAAUACAAUGACACGUCAUCAACAAUCAUUAUCAUUACAAGGUGGUGACGAUCAUUCAAGUGAAUAUUAUAUGAAUGAUACAGGAAAUAAUUUUCAUACAUCGGAAAGUAUUUAUGAUUAUGAUGGUGGUGGAAAAUCAAUUUAUAGUAUCGAUGAUGAUGAUAAUCAACCACAACGAUCGAUUUAUAUAACUCAAUAUGAUCGUCAUAGUGUAGGCGAUACUUGUUGA